UGUUCGGAACUAAAAAAUAAAAAAAAGUGAAAAAUACGAAAAGGACAAAAAAAAGGACAAAGGACUAAAAGGAUAACAGCGAAAAUGUGUUAAAAAAAAUCAUAUUUUGAUAUUACCAAAAUAUUUUUAAAAAUGUCCUUUUCUCGCUUAUCCUGUGCCGUUAUUGUGCUAAUAAAAAUUACUGUGAUUUCUGCCGUAUAUGAUGCACAACCAAAAAUCCUUACCAAAAAUGCUACACUAAUUUUAGAGGCGUCCUAUGAUCAAAAUAUCAGCCUACGUUUAUCACAUGGCUCCUCCUUGCUUGUCAACCAUGUGGAUGUUAUGGAGCAUUUACAGCGCCGUUAUACGCCCUCUAAUUUGGAUAGAGAUCCAACGAAAUCAUUGGAUACCACACCAACUGCUGAUGAGAUAGGCAAUACAGUCCUUAAAUUGCGUGGCGAUAUCGAUCGCCUUAAUCGUCGUUUCUCAUAUUUAUUUAAUCGUACGCGCACACCACAACCAAGAUCGGUGAGGCGUUUAAUGGGUCGUUUACGCAGACUAAGUCGCCGCGUUCUGGUAAUCGAAGAAAAUAUCACUAAAAAUGAAUGCACCGAGGCAACUGAACCAUGUAAAAAUGGUGGAACCUGUUAUGAUUCAUACAAAGGUUAUCAUUGUGAAUGUCCUGCAGGAUGGAAGGGUAAAACAUGCGAAGAAGACGUUGAUGAAUGUUAUCUCUGGGCCGGCACUGAUUUGGGUUGUCAAAACAAUGCUGUGUGUACGAAUACUCCGGGUAGCUUUAAAUGCACUUGCGCCAAUGGAUUCUCCGGUACCCAUUGUCGCAUUCGAAAAGCCAUCUGCCAACAAGAACAAGCCGAAGAAUUAUGUGGACACGGUAUCUGUGUCCCGGCCAACAACGCGCAAGGUUUCACCUGCAUCUGUAACCAGGGAUGGACGAGAAAUAUAAGUGCAUUGAUAAACUCCACCUCAACCCCUACUCUGGCGUGUGAUGUUGACAUAGAUGAGUGUGAAGCAUCAAGGAAUCCUUGCCACAAUGAAUGCAUCAAUUUACCUGGCAGUUUCAAAUGUGGCCCUUGUCCCCCUGGCUAUACGGGUAAUGGGAAGACCUGCAUAGAUAUCGAUGAGUGUGCCUCCAACAAUGGAGGCUGCAACUUAAUGCCCAAAGUUCGAUGCAUAAAUACAGAGGGUUCCCAUUUUUGUGGUAAAUGUCCCCUUGGAUGGAUUGGCGAUGGCCGCUCGUGCGAACUGGCCCCUUCGAAUUCAUGUGACGAGGAGAAAAUUUGCCAUCCCCAAGCUAAAUGUGAAUACAUAUCCAAUGUGGCCACCUGCACCUGCCCCCAUGGUAUGUUUGGCCAUGGCUUUGGACCAGCAGGGUGUCACACCAGCCCCAUUACCGAUUCGUGUGAGAAACACAUGUGCCAGAAUAAUGGCACCUGCUUGGCAACUGGUCGUGGCACUAGUUGCCUGUGCUUGAAUGGCUAUACGGGAGCUUUGUGUGAAACUGCUGAUGGAUGUCAUCCCAAUCCUUGUAAGAACGAUGGCACCUGCAAACCUUUAGCCAACCAAUCAUACAAGUGUUCCUGCCAACGUGGUACCACCGGCAAAAAUUGCGAAAUUAUACGCAGCGUUUGUGCAACCAUCCAAAGACGGUCCUCAGGUGAACUUAGCUAUCCCUCAGAUGGUUACACGGAGUAUGCACCCCUGGAGAGAUGUGCCUGGCUAAUACGUACCCAGACCACACAGAUUUUAAAUGUAACCUUUACCUCCUUUGAUCUCGAAGAUGGGGAAUGUAAUCGUGAUUGGUUGCAAAUACACGAUGGUGUGUCAUUGGCCUCCCAAUUGAUAGGGCGUUUUUGUGGCAAUGCCUUGCCUCUGGGUGGCAAUAUUUUGUCCUCCCAACAUCAGUUAUUCUUUUGGUUUCGCUCGGAUAAUGCCACACAGAAAUCGGGAUUCAAAAUGACUUGGCAAUCACAAGCCCCCAUAUGUGGCGAAACUUUGGAAGUGACAAUGGGUGGAGAGGGAAUCAUACGCUCUGCUGGAUAUCCAGGAAAAAUGCCCAAAAACAGAGACUGCGAAUGGCAGCUGUCGGCUCCCUAUGGUCAGCGCUUUAUUUUGAGGUUCUAUGAAAUAAACACGGGUUUGGUGGCCGAUUGCAAGGGGGAUUCAUUGAAGAUCUACGAUGCCGAUGUGCUUAUCAAGGAAUUCUGUCAAUCCGCCUCGCCAGAGCCACUGAGAUCCUCUACGAACAAAGUCAAAAUCCAUUUGCAUACCGAUAACCUGGCUGUGGACAGUUCAUUUCAGCUGCACUACGAAGUGGAAUCAUCUUUGCCCCAUUGUGGUGGCAUAUUUACAGAUGCUUCCGGUGUCAUUGUUGGUCCCAGUGGCGAUUCUUCAGUUUGUCUAUACCUAAUACAACAACCACCGAAUACACAAAUCCAAUUGGAAGUAAAAGAUUUAAAUUUGCUGGAAAUGGAAAAUUGCAAUUUGAAUAGUUUUGAGAUUUUCGAUGGUAAAACCGAUCAAGAUAGACGACUUUUUAUGAAAUGCGGCAGCGUUGGUGACAUUCGAGACAUUGAGCCCAUAUCAACUUCCUCCAACUUUUUGCUGUUACGUUACAUAAACAGAUUGUCUGGUGAAAAUUCAAAAAUUCCCUUCAGAGUCAAAUAUUCAAGAGUGUGUGAAUUUCGAUAUUUUGGUCCUGAUGGGGGUGUCAUUACAACUCCCAACUAUCCAAGUGCUUAUGCAGAACACCUCACCUGCACCUAUCACAUAUACGGUCCUCUGAAGAACUUGGUGCGCGCCAUCUUCACUGAUAUCUCAUUGAACUCGAAUGACCCAACUGACGAUAGUAAUAAGGAAGAUUUACCAACCAAUCAAAGUGAAAAUGGAACCCUUACCUAUUUCGAUGUCUACUUGUCUGAUACGAAUAAACGACGUUUCUACAAAGGCGCUCCCAUGCAACUCCUUUCUGAAUACAACAAAAUGACCAUUGUAUUCCAUGCUGGCACAAAUCCGCAUAACGCUCGAGGCCUACGUCUGCAAUACUCUUUUGAGGAGAACAACUGUGGUGGUGUAUUUAUAGACAAUGAAGGAUCCUUCGAAAAGGGAUUUGAUGUGUUCCCCAAAGCUUGCACUUACAUUUUUGAGGCUCCCCCUGGAAAAAACGUAGAGCUUUCCUUCAAUUUUUUGGGCUUAAGCGGCGCUGAGAACCGGGCCACGAUAUAUGGCAUAAUCCCAGGCGAACAGGAUUAUUUGCUGAAAAACAUCACAAAGGAGAUAUUUGUCAAAGAGACCUUUCCAUUCAAUACCAUAAGGCUUUUGAUGCAUUCCAAUACCUGUCUGUUUAUGGGACAGUACAAAUUUAUUUCAGCCAAUGCAGACUGUGUCAGAGAAUUUUCUUUCUUAUACGGCACCAUCAAGUCUCCCAAUUGGCCCUUGCCUUAUGCAGCAAAUGUAAAUUGUUCUUGGAUUAUAACGGCACCUCUGGGCUUUAAAAUUGAGUUAAGGAUUCAAAAUUUCACUUUGGAGCAGGAUUGCACAGGAGAUUUCCUAGAGAUAAGGAAUGGAAAAUAUCCAUCCUCGCCUUUAAUAGGCCGAUAUUGUGGAGAUCGCAUUCCCUCGAGAAUAACCUCGUUGGCCAAUAGCCUAUUUUUGAGACUCACCUCGGAUGACUCAGUUCAGGGCCGAGGUUUCCACUUAAAUUGGGAACAAACUGAGACGGGAUGUGGCGGCAAGUUGACUUCCUACAAAGGCUCCAUACAUUCACCAGUUUGGGACUCAAUAACUACAGAAUUUAGUCCUAUUUGUGAUUGGCUGAUACAAGUGGGCCAAGGAUCCUCGAUAUUGCUGAACAUUAAAACCUCCAUAGAUGAAUUCCAAUUUUGCAGCAACAAUCAUUUGCGAAUUUAUGAUGGUUCUUCGACAUCCAGUCCUAUGUUGAAUUUCGAUUGCUUGUCGGUGCAGAGAAAGGGACAAAUGACACUGACCUCCACCUCUAACCAAAUGCUAAUCAUGUAUAAGGCUUCCAAGGAUUCCAUGGAUGAGGCCGAGUUCAUAUUGGACUACGAGACCAAUUGCAAUAUGGUAUUGGAUCAUGUUGUGGGCAUCAUUGAGUCACCCAACUUCCCCGGACCCUAUCCCGAACUGCUUAAUUGUAAAUGGGAUAUUGCAGCUGGUUCCAAGAAUAGAAUCCAAUUAGCAUUUUCCCACAUCAGCUUGGAGACUGACAGCAUGCCAUGUGAACAUGAUUAUAUUGAAGUUUGGGAUAUGCAAGACUCGGAUGUUCUCACCAAACAAAGACUGUGCACACAUCAGUCUCAGCCCAUAACUUCUCAGGGUAAUCACAUAAGGCUAUUGUUCGUCACCGACUAUUCGAAUAGCAAGAAUGGUUUUCGCGCUGACUACUCUCGCCAGGGAUGUGGUCAAGUCUUCACCGAGAGAGUAAAGGUCAUUACAUCACCCAACUAUCCCCAUAGCUUAGAUGUGGACUGCGAGUACUACGUUGAAGUGACUGCGGGGGAGAAAAUCAUUCUUAAUGUCCUUGAGUUCCAAACCGACACAGAAACAGAAAAUUGUGAUGCCGAUGCUUUGAUCAUAAGGGAAUCGAAAAAAUCUCUUUUACCCCUGCUAGAACAGUGUUCUUCGCGUAAGACGGGUCCCCUGACAGUGACAUCGAACUCGAAUCGGCUGUACCUACACUACCGCUCCAGUAACUCCGGAAGCAAUAAAUAUUUCAAAGCCAUUUAUCGCACCGAAGCAGCCCAGUGUGGUGGCAAAUUCCUAGCCAGUUCUGGCACCAUAACAUCACCCAAUUUCCCUCACCUAACCAAACAAGAUUACAACUGUGUGUGGGAGAUUUCUGUGCCCUUGAGCGAUAACAUUCAAUUAUCCAUCAAAAGCAUAGACAACGCGUUAACUGAUAACUGCACAGAUAAUUAUCUGAAAAUUUCAUAUCGUUCACAAAACACAACUGAGUUUCGAUGCCUUUCGGCCUCAUAUCAAAACAGUCUCCUGAUUCCCACCAAUACGCUGACAGUUGAAUUUGUAAGCAAAUCCGCUUCCGAUGGUGUCCGGUUCGCUCUGGCCUUUGCCAAGCAGUGUGGUGGUACUAUUGCAAAAGAUUCCGGAGUAAUUACAGCAAAUUCAGCCGAAAACUGCAAAUGGACAUUCAAUGAGCCGGAGGGAACUUUGAUAGUUAUAAACAUUGUGCAAUUCGAUUGUUAUUGUGGUACAAAUGUCAAAGGGAAAGCCGAGUGUGGAUUAGGGUUUAAGGUUAACUAUUUUGGCAGUGAUGUAGCCUCCGCCAAUUACACCAAACUCUUCUGUGAGGACUAUCAACCCAGUGUUAUGUUUGAAGCUUCCAAAUUGGAUGUAUUUAGCAACAAUGUUAAUUUCCAUGCCACAUAUUUUACAACGGACCACUUUUGCGGAGGCAUUAUAUCAUCACCUCGUGGAUCAUUGGCUUCACCGAACUGGCCGUCGUUGUAUCGCCCCAACACAGAUUGCUCUUGGACUUUAAUAGCCCCCAGGGGUAAUAGCCUUCAACUACAAUUCGAAGAAAUGGAUAUCGCCAGAAGUGAGGAAUGCAAUGAAGAUUUCUUGGAGAUAAGGAAAGAAAUACACAGCAAAUUAUUGGGUCUCUAUUGUGGUAAUCAAAUACCAGAAGACGACCUUAAGCCAUUGGAUUCCUAUUGGAUACGCUUCCGUAGUUCGGAAGGUAGUAUUGGCAAAGGUUUUAAAUUGAAAUGGAGUUAUGCUCACCUUAACGAAAUUGUGAACGAAACCAGAGGUCUAAUAGAAUCCCCCUCAACAGCUAUGUUAAGCAAUGAAGAUGAGCCUUUUGUUUGGCGCGUUGUAGUGGAAAAGGGAAAAUUUAUCAAACUGGAGUUUGAUCAUUACAGUGAAGGAUUACUUCUCUAUGAUGGCUUUACUGAAGAAGCUUUGCCUAUCUCCAUUGAAAUUGCCCCUUGGGUCUUUGUGUCCAGUACCAAUGCCAUACUAUUGAAGACAGACAACGAGCACGCCCAUCAAUUCCUUGUGAAAUGGACUGCAGUCGAUACCACGCCAGUUGACACGAACGUUACAAGCAAUUCCACUUGUCACUCGGAACAGACGUUGAAGGACAAGAGUGGAUUUCUACUCAAUUCACCAAACUAUCCAAAUGGCUACGAAAAUGAUCUUCGCUGCGACUGGAUCUUUCACCCGGCCAAUGUGACCCAUCAUAUUGUGUGUAAGGUGUAUGAGGUCAAGUUGGAGAUAAUGGAUGGAUGUGCAGCGGAUUAUAUGAGUAUCUCAACAUCCUCGGACAUGGCGCGCUGGCAUGCCGGAGAAAAAUUGUGCAAUGGCACUUCUACGCCUCUACAACCUUACCGUACAGUUCAUGGAACUCCACAUCUGAAAGUGGAUUUUGUAACAGAUCAAACUCUUAAUGGCACUGGAUUCAGAGCUUUAAUUUCCUCGGAAUGUGGAUCGAAUUUGACCCAGUCCGUGGGCUUUAUUCAGGGAAACAAACUGGCUCUGGAAACGGAUUGCAGGUGGCAAAUUGCUGUUAAACCUGGCAAGCGCAUAUUUUUGCAAUUAGAUUUCGCAGCCCUGGAAGCCGCCAACCAAAACACUUGCCAAGAAUAUGCUCUGAUUUAUGAUGGCCUCGAUGAACAUGCCCGCCUUUUGCCACCAGGAAAGGUAUGCAAUCCCCAGAAUCAGACCAGACUUUUGAGAGUAUCCAGCACCAACUAUUUGACAAUCAGAUAUGUACUCAGCCUGCCCAAACCUUUGUUGCCUGAGCGAUGGAACCUAAGCUAUGGCACAUUUUCCGAAUGCAAUGAAGAAUACCGCUUGAUACCCGAAGUCUCCACGAUCAACAUGACAUCACCCAAUUAUCCCAAUACUCCCCAACCGCACACCGAAUGUGAAUGGACGUUUAAGGCGCCACCAGGAGAGAUUAUCAAAGUUGAGUUCGAGGAUCGUUUCAGUUUUAAUGCCCGGUUUUGUAAGCAAGAAUACAUUGAACUUUUCGAUGGUUCAACCUUGUUGGCCAGAAGUUUGGGAAAGUACUGCCACAAACCGCCCACGAUCAGGACUACCCAAAAUAUUCUAAAAAUGCAUUACUUAACGGACAUCAAUGAACCGCGAGGGCUAUUUAAAGCCAUCAUAUCCAUCGAUAAAUGUGGUGCUUCGUAUUCCAGUAUGAGAGAUGUGGUCAAAUCACCCGGCUAUCCCAUACCUGGCUCCUAUCCUUCAUAUUCCCAAUGUGAUUAUGCCAUAUCCCUGCCAUUCCAUUUGCAAAUACGCUUAGUCGUUGAAGAUAUUCACUUGCCAUACGAUAGCAAAAAUCCCCAAAGAAGUGACUACUUGGAAAUAAUACCUUUGAUGGCAGAAGAUGACGAAGAAGUUCCACCAACCAAGUUUAUUUUUGGCAACUUCACAAACUCAACCAACUUGGAGAUGAAUACAAACAAAGUCAUUCUAAGAUUCCACACAUUUGCCAAGAACGCAAAAUAUCGCGGCUUUCGCAUAGCAUACCUCAGCUCUAUUGAUUCCAAUCACCAGAAUGUGGUAGGCGAAUCUGGCCUACUGAUGAUGAAAUUCCCCAAGAGAACACAAUUCAAUAUUUACAAGCAGUGGAGAGUUACGGUUCCAAAGGGUUUGAGAGUUCGUUUGGAAAUGCUCAAUAUGGACGAAUUAAAGGAACAAAAUACAACCGUUACUCCCAAAUUUAUGAUCUAUAACGAUGACAGACAUUUUUCACAAAUCACCACUUUUGAUGUCAACACUUAUGCUACCAAUCAAUUCAUUCAAUCCUCCGAUAAUACGAUGUCAGUGUAUGUUUUUAUACCUGUCAAUGAUGUGCCGUUUAGGACCGUUAAAGCUCGGUAUUCCUCGAGUGCCGUCUCACCCUGUCCCCAGCCCAUCAGUGAGGAAAAUCGGGCAGGACUUGUCGACAUUAACGAUAAGCAGGAUGUAUUCAAUGCCAAUUAUCUAUGCCAUACGCCAAUCGCAUUUAAAGAAGGCACCUUGGUCUUCAACAUUAGCUCCCUGGUGUAUGAACAUGUGAACAACAGCAGAACAACACACCCUGUUUUGGUGUUUGCUGCCGGUGCCAUUACCACAAGUUAUAGGCAAAACCUGACACAGGUUCUGCAACCCCUGAAUCAGGAAGCAGGCUACUACCGCAUCAUUCAGUCGCAACAUGAACGCAUCCGAAGUCUCACCAUGUCCUAUAGGCUACACAAGUGUGGUGGACACAUGCUAGUGGAUCGUCUAAACACUGCACAACCUGAGGAGACAGACCUCAACUAUGGAGCCAUUAUGUGUGUUUGGACAUUGAGCAAGCCCCCCUUCUUUGCGGGGUCAGGCUCCGAACAUAGACUCUUUGGCAAUUUCAGCUUUGCUGAAGGCUGUGACCGGGAAUUUGUGCUUAUUCGGGAACGCCGCUGGGACGCGGAGCCGGCUAAGAAAAUUUGCAAAGAUAAUCAGCAUGAGUUUGAAAGUUUCGCCCUGAGAAGCCCUUUCACAUUCAUCGUCUACCAGGCGGAGAAUUAUAGCUCACAGAAAACUAAUUUCUUUAUGCGUACCCGUAAGACAUUGCAAUGUGGGUCGGAGACUCAGGUUUUAAGUUUUCAGAGUGUGGUGCAAAUUGGCUCUUCGCAAUAUGAAAACAACCUGGAAUGUUCCUGGGUGUUUUAUACCGAGCAGGGAAAAUAUCUGCAGAUCACGUUUUACAACCUCUUCUUUAUAGAGGCUUCUGCGAACUGCACUAAGGAUUAUCUGGAGGUACAAAAUUAUGUGGAUGGUCUGUGGAUACCAGGGCAACGGUUUUGCGGCAGAGAGUUGCCUCCAGCCUACAACGGCACAACGCAGCGCCUUCGCCUAGUCUUUCGCACCAACGAGGCUGUGCGCGGCGAUGGAUUCACUUUGAAUGUCCGAAGUCAAUGUUCGGUGACUCUGAAUGUGACCUCUGAACUUCAAACUAUAGACAGCCCUUAUCCCUCAGGCAUGGGCAAUAGGAAGGUGCGCUGCGACUAUGUCUUCAAAUCGAAUGAAGUUGGCCAAUUGAUCAGCGUCAGGACCAAGUUCAAUAAGGAUUAUUCUCCAGCCCUGCAGUUUGGCUGCUUGUAUGGUUUCACAGCUUAUAAGCACAACGCAUCGGGUCAGGAAGAGGCUGGAAAAACGCAUUGCGAGUCGGAUUUUGAAGAGAGAGCCUAUGAUUAUCUGAAACUGACCUAUGAUGCCUUCAGUAUGGUCAGGUACACCAUUGAGUAUGGCCUGGAGUCGUGCGGUGGAAACAUUACAACAACGGCCACCUUAAUUCGACCCCUUAAACAUGAGUCCUCAACGAAUGGCUAUGCCGAGAAUAUGAACUGCGUUUGGUAUGUCACAGCUCCGGACGACCGCUCCAUAGCGGUACAAUUCAAGUAUUUCGAUACCGAGAAGGACUUUGACCAUGUUAGCAUCUAUGCGGGCCACUCCAUACAGCCAGAUAAGCUGGUGCAGCAACUGACGGGCAAUCUAACCAAUCGGCCUCCCACGGUAUUGGUGGACCGCAAUCUGGCAGUGAUAAAUGCCAUAUCUGAUGUUUCCAAUUCGGCCAAGGGCUUUCAAGCUGUGGUCGUAUUCAUUCCCAACUGCAAUGAACGCAUCUCCCUAACGGAAGGCAAUUCCCCCCUUAAUUUGGCCCGCACCUUCAAGUUGCCAACGGGGGGAGAACAGUACAUAUGCCACUACCGUCUCAGUGCUCCCAAAGGCUAUCGCAUCGGGGUGAAUGUUAAGAAAAUCCAGCUGAACCAUGACCUAGUCAACUGUCAAAAUUCAAAUGAUAGUUGCGCCAAAGGCCUUUGUAACUCUGUGGAAAUUUUUGACAGUUUGGCCAUGGGUCAGCUCAGCAUGGGCAAAUUUUGCCAAACAGCCAAUCUCUCAAUGGUGAGUUCCUAUGAAGAUGCCAUGGUGAAAUUUAUAGCCAAGGAGGCUGGGCAGCUAAGUUUCGAAAUCUUGAUCACCUUGGAGAAAAGUGCUUGCGGUCCCACAACGGAAUUCCAAAUCAAAGACCAAGAGAACAUCACGUUGGCCUUCCCAUUGGGCAAUGCAUCGACCUAUGGAGCCAAUGUGCACUGCAAUUGGCUCAUCAGGAGCAACAAAUCGUUAGAGUUCCUAUUCACCUACAUCGAUUUGCAAAAUGUAACGACCGAUAAAUGUCUGGACUACAUAGAAAUCAAAUAUCGAGACACUACCGACACGAUAUGCGGUCGAAGCUUCCACUAUGGCUUCACCGUGGACGAGCGCAUGUCUUGGGAAGAAACAGAGUAUUCGAAUGUGGAGAUAAUAUUCCAUAGUGAUGAUCAAAUUGAAGGAAAAGGCUUUGAACUGAAAGUUGGUCGUCAGGAAGUGGGCAAUCGCUUUUUCAAUCAAUUGAGUGGUUCUAUAUCUGCUAAUUAUGACACAUCAAUUGGCAACAAUACCAUAACGGUUCCAGAAAAUUACAAUCUAAAUUUUUUCAUAAACAUUGGCUUCAUUCCAAGGAACGAGGAGUGUGAUCCCAAGAAGUUAAUGAUAAUCGAUCUAAAGACCAAUAAGACUAUUUUCAAUAUAUGCGAACGAUACAGAGCCUUUAGCCAUCCCUUGUAUACCACCACAAAUACGGUACGCAUUGAAAGCACUUCCUAUGCUGUUCAAAACUUGAAUUACUGGGUGAGUGACAAGAAAGAUCCCCUAGGAUGUGGUGGCAUUCUGCAAACCAGAAAAGGCAGUAUAAUGAGCCCCCCAUAUGGCAAUGACCACAACUAUUCGGAAUGUAGCUGGAAUAUAACUCUGCCUCCACCAAAUAGAAUCAGUUUAUAUUUUGAUUCUUUCGAUAUGGGCUCCGAGACCAAUUGUCAUCUGGAUAAUUUGAAAAUUUUUGAUAUUAUGGAAGACGGCACGGAGAAAUUACUCAAGUCAUUAUGUGGUUUGGAUAAUAGCGGACAAACAGUGAUUUCCAAAUCGAACCGCAUUGCGAUUGUCUCGAAGAAAUCACCAAAUUUUGAUGGAACUGGUUGGAGUUUGUCAUAUCAAUCUAGGGAACCAUGGAUGGAUGAUGAAUAAAUUCAGUGUUAUAAUGUUAUAUAAAUACAC